UUUUUCUUUAAGAAAAGGUUGAUAUAUAAGCAAACGUUGUUUCAAAAAAAAAAGAAAAAAAAAAGCAAAUGUAAAAAUCUAAAAGUAAGAUUAUAUGCCAAUCAUUCCUUUAUAUAGUAAUAGUUACAAACAUAAUGGCAAAGUUGAGAUGUUUCUCAUAAUACCAUGCACCAGCUCAUUUGAGGCAUAUACGGAUUAGAUAAGAUUCCUUUCGUAAUUAUUUCCAAACCUAACAAAAUUAUAAAUUAUAAAUGAUCCGUCUUAUAAUUUACUUAUACCAAACCUUUUCACAGUCUCUGACUCUCUGUCUGUAUAUAUAUACACACAAUUAAAUCCAAGAGCUACAACAAACAUUAAAACUCAUCAAUCUCUUCCUCUAUAUCUCUCUCAUCCUCAUCAUCUUUGGUCAUGGCAAAGGACUUGGAGGUGCAAGAGGGCGGAGCAACGGCGGCGAGAGAUUAUGUUGAUCCUCCUCCCGCUCCAUUGUUGGACAUGGAGGAGUUUGGGAAGUGGUCGCUCUACAGAGCGGUCAUAGCUGAGUUUGUGACACUUCUCUUCCUUUACGUCUCAGUCCUCACCGUAAUCGGGUACAAAGCUCAGACCGACGCAAACGCCGGAGGAGUUGACUGCGGCGGCGUUGGAAUAUUGGGGAUUGCAUGGGCUUUCGGUGGAAUGAUUUUUGUUCUCGUUUACUGUACCGCCGGUGUCUCCGGUGGUCAUAUAAAUCCGGCUGUGACGUUCGGAUUGUUCUUAGCUAGAAAAGUGUCAUUGGUGCGGACAGUGUUAUACAUUGUGGCUCAGUGCCUUGGUGCUAUCUGCGGUUGCGGUCUGGUCAAAGCAUUCCAAAGUUCUUACUACACCAGAUAUGGAGGUGGAGCCAACGAGCUAGCUGACGGCUACAACAAAGGAACCGGACUCGGUGCGGAGAUCAUCGGAACAUUUGUCCUAGUCUACACCGUUUUCUCGGCCACAGAUCCCAAGCGAAGUGCACGUGACUCUCACAUUCCAGUUUUGGCGCCACUUCCCAUUGGGUUUGCCGUCUUCAUGGUUCACUUAGCCACCAUUCCCAUCACCGGAACAGGAAUCAACCCGGCCCGUAGCUUGGGAGCUGCAGUUAUCUACAACCAAGAAAAGGCCUGGGAUGACCAAUGGAUUUUUUGGGUGGGACCAAUGAUCGGAGCAGCAGCAGCUGCGUUAUACCAUCAGUUUGUUCUAAGAGCGGCUGGUAUUAAAAGUCUUGGCUCCUUUAGGAGCUCUGCUUAAUUUUAGUUGUCUGAAUAAUCUUCAAUAAAAAAUGAUGAUUACCAGCAGUAAAAGAAAGUUACAUCUAUCCCAUCUUUUAUUUAUUUUGUGUUCUGUUUUAAAAAAAAAAAAAUUAAAUUUCAUGGAAUUUCCCAUUGGUUGUACAUGCGGUUUUAAUUAAUGUUGCUUUACGAUAACUCUCGAUCUCGCUUUAUAUCAUUUCGUAGAGUUAACUUUGAUUCUGCAUUGAUUCUAUUUCUCUUGGGAAUCAACAAGAAAAACUCACUUUUCCUCUAUUUUCAUAACUUUCUCAAUACACAAACGCUUAACCAUUUAAAAAUACUCCCAACAACGAGGACAAAACAUCGUUUGUCCCUUUGGAUAUGCAUAUCAUGUUAGUGAUUAUACAGUUCUCAACAACUUGUAGCUGUCUAUCUGAUAACAAAUAUACAGACUGAGUUAUGUGAUUCCUCAUCAGGCUCCUCAUCUUACAUAUGAUUUGGUCAGAUACCUAAUCGGUUAGAAAGAUGGUUGGUUUAUUAGCGGGAACUGAGUGUUAUGUUUUGUAGUUGUAGUAAUGAAUCCGAUAGAAUACUUAUUUGUAGGAUUUGGGAAACAGGCUUGGACUUGUUACUAGAAGACUUAUAAGUUAUAACUGGUUAGAGUUUGUUUGUAUUGAGAAAAUUUUGCUUUAAGAUAAGUCUCACUUUUAUCUUUUCCUAGAGUUAACGUUAAUUUUGUUUCAAUCAUAUUUUCUCUUUGAAAAUCAACAGAUGUCACGUAUGUUUACAAUAUUAUCCAGACAUAAGGAGAACACACUUUAUUUCUAUAUAAUAAUAUUGCUAACAAAAGAACUUUCUAUUUACUUUCCAGCACCAUAUUAAUGUCAACUAUGGAUUGAAAACAAGAGCAGUUCGAAAAUGAAACAAUACAAACCUUAAAGUGUGGACCCGAUUAAUAAUUUCCCUUUUCUUAGUGACUAGUGUUUAUAAAUUCCAUUGCGGUUCCUUCAAGCUAACAAACUCUUCAUGCAUUCUUUGCCACUAAUCUUACCCCAAUAAUAUUGAAACUAUAGGACAAACCUUAUGGGCGUAUAUGUUCUAAAAUGAUUUAGUCCAUAUAUCAAUAUAUAAACAAAGUAAAUUUCAACGGUGUUGAACCAAUGAACUACUACAAAUGUUUAUUUCCUGUAAUUUUUAAGCAAGUACUAUCAACACUUGUAUUAGAGGGAAAUUAUAUAAUCUUUUUUUUUUAUCAAAGAGGGAAAUUAUAUAAUCUAAAGAAUGAAAUUUACAAA